AGGAGCAGACGUUGGACAGGGGUGUGUGUCCAGCAGGGGGCUGUCAGGCUUGGGGGUCUGGCCGCGCGUCCCACUGGGGAUCUCCCUGGACCCGCUGACCUGCCCGUAAUCCCUUCUGGAGCGGGGAGCUGUCCUGUCUCCGCCACCUUGACCCUGCCCCUCCGCUCUGAGUUUUGUGGGCCCUUGGGGAAAGGUUCCCUGAGAACAUUUCCUGAGACUUCCCUGUGAAUAGGGCUUCCUGAAGCCUGAAUGAUUGCUGAACUUCUUUAGUCUUAGCUCAAAAUAUACUGUGUCGGACUCCCCAAUCACUGUUAUGAAUGGGGUCUUAGAGAAUGAAGGGAGAAAUACAAUGAAAAAGAAGAAUUCAGUCCAGAAUCUCUCACUACAGUCUCUGGGAGAAUGCUGGUAAUCCCCAGGAAGAGACAUGGAGGGUUUGGGUGAAGUUGCUUUACCCAAAUGGUGCAAAGGCUAUGGUUAUGGUGGAUCAGAACCACGAACUCCGGAACAGAGUUCUGGCAUCAAGGGAGUCUGCCCUUUUCCAAAAGGGGUAUCUUGAGGAGGAGAAUAUGGCUGCUCUUCUCCAGGCAGCAAAGUCCCAGGUGCUUCAGGGCUUGUCUUUCAAGGACGUGGCUGUGAACUUCACCGAGGAAGAAUGGAGAGAACUGGACCCCGCUCAGAGAGACUUGUACAGGGAUGUAAUGCUUGAGAACUACAGGAACCUGGUCUCCUUGGGAUUUCCAUUUUCUAAGCCUGAUAUCAUCUCCCAAUUGGAACAAGCAGAAAACCGAUGGAUGCAGGAGAGAGAAGUACCCAGAAGCAGCUGCAUAUAUUUGGAGACCAGAAAGUCAAACCCAAAGGAGGUAUUUUCUGGAAAAGAAUCAUACCAGGGCAUAAAUAUGGAGAAAAGCACAGGGGCUGAUGUUCCUUCCAGUUUGAAGGAAGCCUUUCAUAAGAGAGAAAAAAAUAUGGAACGUAAUCAGAAUGGGAAGACCUUUGGUCAUGGUAUACACCGCACGGAACAUCAGAAAACUAAUACCGGAGAGAAGACUUAUGAUGAUAGGAAAGUCUACACCUGGAACUCACACCUUGCCAAACAUCAUCAGAGCGUUCAUGGUGGGCAGGUACAUGAAAGAGCCUUAAUUCAGAAUGCACUAUUUAUUCCGCAUCAGAGAUCUGAACACGGAGAGAAACCUUAUGAAUGUAACGAAUGCGGUAAAGCCUUCAGUCACAACUCAUCCCGUAUUGAACAUCAGUUUAUUCACACUGGAGAGAAACCCUAUGAAUGCAGCGAGUGUGGCAAGGUCUUUAGUCGGAGCUCACACCUCUAUCAACAUCAGAGAACUCACACUGGAGAGAAACCGUACGCCUGUGAGGACUGCGGGAAAGCCUUCAGUGAUCGAUCCGCCCUUAUUCGACACCAGAGAACUCACACUGGAGAAAAACCCUACAAGUGCAGAGAAUGCGGCAAAGCUUUCAGCCAGAGCUCAACGCUCCUAAAACACACAAAAACCCACACCGGAGAGAAACCGUACGCCUGUAAGGGCUGUGGGAAAGCCUUCAGCCAGAGUUCAUCCCUGACGCAACAUCGGAAGAUUCACACUGGAGAAAAACCGUUUGAUUGUCACGAGUGUGGGAAAGCCUUCAGCAGGAGUGCCCAUCUUACUCAGCACCAGAGGAUUCGCACCGGAGAGAAACCCUGUGGGUGGAAUGAAUGUGGCAGAGCUUUCAGGUGUAGUUCAGCCCUCAUUAGGCAUCAGGGGCUUCACGGUGGAGAAUCACUCUGAAUGUCUGGUCAUUCAGACCCGUCACUUUGUUAAAUACCAAAGAAUCCUACUUUCAUGAGUUACUAUAA